CCCCCUCCAGCUCCCCUCCCCUUCAACUCCCCUCCCCUUUAACUCACCCUCGCCUGAGGACCGCCCCUCGCCAGGCCUGCCAGGCCUCUGCCCGCCUGAUCCGCCGAGCCCCCCCCCGCGCAGUUGCUGAUCCAGGCCCGCGCCACCAUCGAGCGGGACCAGGAGGGCGGAGGCGACGGGCCGAAGCCGAUGACCGCGGCGGAGUGGAAGAUGGAGAACCCCGCGGCGCAGCGGGCGGACGAGCCGCAGACGGGCGACGACGCCGACGACAUGAGCAGCAGGGUGGCGCAGGAAAUCUCGGCUGAACUGGACAGCGGCAUGACCUCCGAGAUGAGCAUCGAUGCCGAGGGUAACAUCAUCGAGACGGAGUCGUUCUCCGAGUACGAGGCGGGCGUCCGCGAGAAGCACAGCACGGCGCUGGAGGAGUUCCAGCGCCGCCGGGCGGCGAGGCGCGGCGACGCCGCCGCCGCGGGGGCCUUCGGCAGCAACCUCGAGUUCCGCCGCUGGCAGGUGAGCCUCGAGGACGAGGUCUUCAAGGAGCUGCAGGACGCGCUGUGAGGUCCGCGCGCCACGGGCCUCCUCCUCCGCCUCCUCCUCCUCCUCCUCCUCGUCC